CCGCCAGUUUCGACACUGAGAUGGCCACCACCAGAACACCAGAACCAUUCCCAAUCACGUGCACACCACCACUUCCCUAAACACUCAGUCACUCUCAGCCAGCCUGAAUUAUUACCUUGAUCAUAUUCUUAAACCUGAACCUCACUUAGUUACUCCAUCACUUCCACUCCUCACAAUGGGUUCUCUCGAAGGCCUUGCCCCUGCACCAGACUUCUUCGUCCUAGACGAUGCCAAGCCAGAAGACAAGUCCCUCCAAGCCUUCAUGGUAUCCAAGAGCCGAGGAUUCCUUCCCCGAAUGGACCCUGUCGUCACCCUGCCCUCUGAGUUCGACCCCCUCGAGUCCAUCCUCAACCGCAUGCCCGUCAAGACAUUGUCAGGGGAACCAGGUCUCCUUGCUGAUGGCAGGCUCGGCGACGUGGUCAAGGCAGAGCUGCCUGACCUCACCGAGGCCAUGGACAAGUACAAGGACGACCUCCCCCUGAUGAAUGCCUUGUACCGUGACUAUUCCUUCCUUGCCUCAGCAUACCUCCUUGAGCCAUGCCACCAACGCUUCAUUAAGGGUGAGGAGUAUGGUCUCGGACGGGACGUCUUGCCUGCAAACAUUGCUCGUCCCAUUGCCCGUUGUGCUGAGCUUACCGGCUUCAAGCCUUUCAUGGAGUACGCCGGCUCAUAUGCUCUUUAUAACUACAAGUUGGUUGAGCCUGCCAAGGGUCUCGAGUAUGACAACUUGAGGUUGAUCCGUGCCUUUGAGCAUGGUCUCGACCCCUUAUCCUCAGAGGCAGGUUUUGUCCUGGUACACAUCGACAUGGUGCGCAACUCAGGCCCGCUUGUCACAGGAGUUGUGGAGGCGCUUGAUGCCUGCAAAGUCGCCGCUCCCGGUACCUCCAGGGAGCGCCGCGAAAAGGUCAACAGCGGCUUGGCCAAGGUCCUCGAGGCCAUGAAGAAGAUUAACGAGGUCAUGGACACCAUGUGGCAAAAGUCCAAGCCCCGCAGUUAUACCUCCUUCCGUACCUUCAUCUUCGGCAUCACCUCGCAGAGCAUGUUCCCCAACGGAGUCGAGUACGAGGGCGUCAGCAAUGGCGAGCGCUGGGAUUUCCGCGGCGAAUCAGGUGCUAAUGAUAGCAUCAUUCCUACAUGCGAUCUGCUACUUUCUCUUCCGCUACCGACGACGCCUUUGACCGAGAUCCUGAAGGACUUCAGGCAGUACAGGCCCAGCAAUCACCGCCAGUGGCUGGAGUGGGUCAAGAACAGCUCGGCCUCUUACGGCUUGAAGCAGUUCGCUCUGGGCUUGGACAAGGCCGAUGAUGACAAUGAUGAGGCAGCCCUCAUCCAGUCCCGGGCAUUGUGGAUCCAGUGUUUGGACAGAAUUCGUGAAUUCAGGUGGCGCCACUGGUGCUUCACGAGGGAGUUCAUCCUCAAGCAGACCAGCCACCCCACGGCCACUGGUGGUAGCCCCAUUGUCACAUGGCUGCCGAACCAGCUCACUGCUGUUCUUGAUGAGAUGGCCAAUGUUUAUGAAAUCUCAACCAAGAAUGGUGAGAAGCUGGGCGAGGUUGUAGACGAUAUCAUGGACCUGGCCACCCGCCAGAGGGAUACUUUGGCCAAGGAGGUUGCAAAGUACUGCGAGGAGCGCGGCGUUGAUCCUGCCAAGCAAGGCCUGCGUGUCUAGAGCAAGAAUCGUGAGCAAAAGGAAGAUGAUAAAAUGAAGAGAAUACCCGGGUUCGAAGUAAGACGAGUGGAGAAGGGAGGACUUGCGGGAGGGCGCAUGGUAUAUAGUAUACUUUCUUAUUGAUUCCCAAUAAAUACGAACCUUCAAAAGCAGCUAAAA